UCAGAAUGUCACCAGACUUUGUUGUGUUUCGUACUCCUCCUGUUGUAUUGAUAAUGAGGAUUUAUUAUGGAGCAGUUGACAAUGGAUGCAAUGUGCAUGCGUUAGUGGGAGGGAUUAUCCACCAAGUAGGGCAAGUGGCUAAGGACUGCAAUUCCAUCCAGCCUAGUUCAUUUCAGUCAUCCGCUCAGUGCGCACACAGGACAAGGGGAGCAAUUUCAGCGCUGUGCGUUUGUCUGAAGCCCUGCCUCCAGUUUUAAAAGUAUAAAAAAAAGAAGAAAAAAAAAAAGCAAACAAGAAUAUAAAAAAAAUAACAAUGGUAAAGUAUACGCGACAGCACAGCGAGCUGAAACCCGAAGAGGUCCUGUCGGAGUCUGACGCGUCCAAGGAGGACCAGCACCAGGAGAUGUCCGACUAUUCUGCUUUAAGCGACGUUUUCUACUCCGAAUGUUCCGCAAUGGACCGAAUCGGCACGUUCAUGAGGAACGUGCAGGUGCUGCUGGACGCUGCCAGUUACAUUGAGAACGUCGAGAAGAGCAACGGAAAAUACGAGCAUGGCUAUGCUUCAGCAUACCCCGCGUCGCAGAUUGCACUUCAGCAGAAACAGCGUAAAUUGAAGAACAAAAAGCUGGAUAAUAUUCACAACAGGUCGGCACACAAUGAGUUGGAAAAGAACAGGCGAGCACAUCUCCGCCUGUGUUUGGAGAGGUUGAAGUCACUCAUCCCUCUGGGACCAAACUGCAGUCGGCACACCACACUGGGACUGCUCAACAAGGCCAAAACACACAUCAAGAAACUUGAAGAGGCGGAUCGAAGGAGCCAGCACCAACUGGACACUCUAGAGAGGGAGCAGAGGCAUCUGCAGAGGCAGCUAGCUCUGCUGCAGACUCACGGAGAGUGGGAGAGGGUCCGCACAGACAGCUUGGGCUCCCGUAUGGAUUCUGAUCGCUCAGAGUCUGACAGAGAGGACAUUGAAGUCGACGUGGAAAGCACCGAGUUCUCCCAUGGAGAAAUGGACAGUGUUAGCACCAGCGGCGCCAGUGACCUGGAUGACCAGAGCAGCCGGCAGAGCUCGGCCAGCGACGAGGGCUACUCCACUUGCAGUCUAAAACUGGCCUUCUCUGCUUAAAGCACCAGCCAAUAUUUUCCACUUAAGCUGCAAUCGUUUAUGGCUUUCACCUUUUAAAGUACCAGCUACUUUCUCCCCAAAUGGUUUAGUCGUCAAACCAGCCUCCUUCAUGAAACAUCUCCAUCCAAGAACCAGCCUCACGUUCAGCUUGGUCCAAAUUAACCUCGCCUCCCACCAAAAUUCACAACCAUUUCAAUAGCCUUUUUUUUUCUUUUUUACAUAGAUAAGGUUGGCUUAACAAGUCACCUGUCCCUUUACCUGUAAUCAGCUCAAAUCCACCAUGUUUUGUCCUGCUCCUGUAAAGGACCAUUAUUGCAUCAGUGUUAAACACUAAAGGGGGACACUCUCUAUUAAUCAAGUUGAUCCUCAGAAACCAGCAAAAUACACACUCACACACGACACCAGCUAAAAGCUCACCAUUGGGAACAUUUGCGCCAUAUGCCUUGUAAAGAUAAAUUUAAAAAAUAAAAAAGCCCUUUUUUCACUGGAAAAUGUAUCCAGAAAGCACUUCUUGUCAAAGUACAAGCCAGCAAGGGCUACAAUAUCUGCAUUCCAAAAGAUGCGAGACGUUUCUUUACCUUUCUGCUACAGGACCCACAACCAUCAACAAUUCAUGUGGCGUCCCUCUUCUUCAGAGAAACGGUUUAAUCAGAACAGGUGGAACGUAUAGUCCACCUUUUUUUUAAUUAAUAUAUUUUGCAUGAUUUUAUUUAUUUUUGAUAUAUUUAAUCGUACUUUAGUUGCGCCUUGAUCAUGCUUGAAUUAAAAGCAGAUAACCUUUUUUUGUUUUCAUUCAUUUUUAAAUGUCCACCGAACUUACUUGAUAUAAAAAUUCCCACUAAAACAUAUGUUGUGCUAUGAGUUGAAUAGUACUCAUUGUUUGGUUGGAUGCUUUCACACUGUGUGCAAAGUCACUGAGUUUAGUCAGUAAUAAGCUAUUUAGCACUUGUCCAAGCACAAAGCUCAAGCAAUAAUGUCUAGUUUAAUCAUAUCUGUGACGUUGACUGGAUUUAGUACGUUUCUGUCCGUCCUGCUCCAAAUAAAAGGAUUUCCUCUUGCUUCAGUAGUAGUAUCGGCUACUAAUAAUCAGCAGUGUACUGAUUGUAAUUGACUUAAAACACUAUGGUGCAUGUGUCUUGAAUGUAGCCUUUUUAAUUGUAUUGUGCUUUGGAUUGAUGAGUCAGUAAUGAUGUCUGUAGCAUGAAAAGUGUACGUUACAAAAAAAAA